GGGGUGGGGCGCAGGAUAAGCAGUGCCAAACUAGACAUUAAAGUCCAUCGUAAUCUGAUAGUAUAUAUUAGAUGCCAUUAUCCGUACAGGAAAUACUUUGAAAUGUAUGGCUUGGAAAAGGAGCCUAGAGAGACAGAGGGCUGCCUGUCAAGGAAACUCCCAAGUAACCUACAACGAUCCAGCGCCCCCUGGCGGCUUCAUGGGUUUCAGAACCUCUUGGAGCGCAGCCAGGGGGCACAGAGGGCGAAGCCAGGGCACGGAGCGCACAGCCACAGUUCAGUGAAGAUGGCUCUGUCCCAAACUGAUCACAGGACUUUCCUGGCUUUCCCAUCCACCAAAACCUACUUCCCACACUUGGACCUGAAACCAGGUUCCAGCCAGGUUAAAGCCCAUGCCCAAAAGGUGGCCGAUGCACUGACACUCGCUGCCCACCACCUGGACGACCUGCCUGGUUCUCUGUCUGCUCUCAGUGACCUACACGCACACGAGCUCCGCGUGGACCCUGCUAACUUUCAGUUCUUUAGCCACUGUCUGCUGGUGACUCUUGCCCGGCACUAUCCCGGAGACUUCAGCCCGGAGAUGCAUGCCUCCUUGGACAAGUUUCUGGGUCACGUGACUUCGGCACUGGUCUCCAAGGAUCGCUGAACUGAGGAUACACAGCGGUGUAGUCUUUGCCCCUGCCCUUCUUCGAAUUCACAAUAUUUGAGUAAACCUCCCCGGGACUGCAUUGCUGUCUUGUAUGCAGAGUUGCACAGGAGAAAGAUACCCCACACGCAGUAUCAAACAAAAGGUUCCAAGAGACUGGAAUUACAGCUAAACUAGUGUGGAAAACCUCAUAGGAAAGUCAGCUUCCCUUGUUUUUGUUGUUUUAAUUCAUUUUUGCCUUUGAGAUACAUUUUAUGCUCUAUGUAAUCCAGGCUGGCCUCUCAAAUCCAUCGUACAAACUAGGUUGGUCUUGAACUCCUCACACUUGUGUUCCCACCCUCAUCUCUGUCCAUCCCCCAAUCCCCACCAAGCAUGACGGAUUAUAAGGCAUGCCCCACCAUAAA